AUGGUUAACCGUUUGGAGGAGAGUCUUCUUCUCACAAAGAAAACAAACAGUCGAGAAGUAGAAAAACAAAAACUUGGAACGUUCUUAGGCGUCUUCUUACCAUGUAUUCAAAACAUAUUUGGCGUCCUCCUCUUCGUGCGUAUGCCCUGGAUCGCAGGAGUGGCGGGUGGUUUACAGUUUUUCCUCAUGGUUGGAUUCUGUUGUGUCUGUACAACCAUCACCACUCUAAGUAUGUCUGCUAUCGCUACAAACGGAAAAGUUCCAGCUGGCGGUUCAUACUUCAUGAUAUCGCGGUCCAUCGGUCCAGAAUUUGGCGGCGCUGUGGGAAUUCUCUUCUAUCUUGGCACUUCAAUGGCAGCCGCUAUGUAUCUAGUUGGAUCUGUUGAAGUCUUUCUAAAAUACGUUUGUCCUCAGGCAUCUCUAUUUGGCGACGUAAGUGACAGCGCCUCCCUGUUUAACAAUACACGGGUGUACGGCACAAUCCUGACUUUCCUCGUAAUGGUCUGCGUCUUUAUCGGCAUACGUUUUGUAAGCAAAUUCUCCGUACUCAGUCUGGCAGCUGUACUCUUAUCUAUUUUCUGCAUCUACAUUGGAAUCUUUACUGCCAGUCCUGCCAGAAGUCCCUAUGUAUGUGCUCUUGGAGGUCGCCUGAUUGCCAAAUCACGGAUACUCGAGAAUGGGGCGUUGCAAUGUCACAAGAAUAUCACUGGCCCUCUUUAUCAACUCUACUGUGGCCGGAACAAUUCUUUUGAUGCAUGUGAAUUUUUUAACUCCAAUAAUGUUACUGAAUUCCCCGCCAUUCCAGGUCUUGCCUCUAAUAUGUUCUAUGAAAAUGUUCUCACCUCUUAUUAUCGAGAAGCAGGCCAAGCAUAUGAUGAUAUUAGUUUUCCGCCCAGCGCUGAAUAUGGCCAAGCAUCUGCAAUUGCUGAUAUCACCACAAGCUUUACCAUCUUGCUCGCCAUCUUCUUUCCCUCCGUCACUGGUCUGAUGGCAGGUUCCAACCGAUCUGGCGAUUUGGCAAACCCUCAAUUUUCCAUUCCUGUUGGAACGCUUUGUGCCGUUAUGGUCACCAGUUUUGUGUAUCUUUCAACGACCUUAUUCUUUCCUGCUGUUGCCGAUGGUCGUGUUCUUCGAGACAAGUUUGGUGAAUCAAUGGGCGGUGAAAUGCUUGUCGCAGCACUGGCGUGGCCACAUUAUUGGGUCAUUCGAAUCGGCACUUUACUUGCAAGCAUUGGAGCCGGUCUUCAGUGUCUUACAGGAGCGCCCCGUCUACUGCAAGCAAUUGCUCAAGACGAAGUUAUUUCCUUCCUCUCUAUCUUCAAGGUGGUUACAAAACGCGGUGAACCGUUGCGCGCCCAAUUACUUACCUAUGCUAUCAGCCAGGGUGCAGUUUUAAUUGCCUCAAUCGAUGCUAUCACGCCCCUGAUUACUAUGUUCUUCCUUCUCUGCUACGGGUUUGUCAAUUUGGCCACGGCUUUGAACGACUACCUUAAGGAGCCUAGCUGGAGACCGCGAUUUAAAUACCACCAUUGUGUCGGAGUUUGCAUAUGUCUCACUCUGAUGUUCAUCUCGAGCUGGUACUACGCCUUGGUUGCUUUGAUCAUUGCUGGUGGAAUCUACAAAUACAUCGAAUAUAUGGGAGCUUCAAAGGAAUGGGGCGACGCAACGCGAGGACUGCAAUUUACCGCAGCAACUCGGGCUAUUCUGGCUUUGGGUACAAAACCCAUCCACACCAAAAAUUGGCGGCCUCAGCUACUCGUCUACGUUCCUGUUAGAAACGACCUCUCAGUGGGUGAAUCAAAUCUGCUCCACCUCGUACGGCAAUUAAAAGCUGGAAAAGGUCUGACUUUAGUGACAACAAUUCUUGAGGGUGACAUCUGUGCCAGAAAGGAUGAUGUAGAGUUCGUAAAAACUCAAUUAGACGAACAGCUACUCAAAUGUCGUGUUAAAGGACUUGCCAGCGUCAUCGUCGCCCAGUCCGUCGCUGAGGGAAUGAAAAAUAUGGUACAGUCCGCCGGCCUGGGGAAUUUGCGGCACAAUACAAUCCUACUUACUUAUCCAGAGGAUUGGAGGCAAACUGAGGACAAGGAGAACUCUCGCUUACUGCAAUUUACUUCCAUCUUAAGAACAGCACAAGCCUGCAGUCUGGCCAUUCUAAUGCCCCGAUUCAUUGAGGCUUUUCCCCAAUCAAAGGAUACUGCACUAACUGGUACUGUGGAUCUCUGGUUCAUUGUUCACGACGGUGGUAUCCUGCUUCUCACGGCUUACCUUCUGCUCCGUAAUCGGGUCUGGUGCAAGUGUCGUCUGCGUGUUUUUGUGGUCACUAGCGAGCCGGAUCCGAACGGAGUGCUCAAGAACGUCAUGACACGAUUUAUCUAUGACCUACGCAUCUCAGCUGAGGUGGAAAUAGUCGAAAUGUCUAAAACAGAUAUCUCAGCUUAUGCGCUACAACGUACAGUUGCUGCUGAUCAAAGGAGGGAACUACUUAAAGAGAUGAAGUGUCAGGACGUUGCAGCAAAGAGCGAUUUGCAGACAGUGAUUGACGAGCACUAUGUGGGCGUACGCGAAGGUGCUGAUGGCGAGAUCCCUGUUCCUCCAAAACCUACCAAAAAGGCUUCUAUUUUUAAGGUCUUUAUUAGCGGGCCUGCACAAGAUUCCUCUGGAAAUGCGAUUUCCGAAGAACGAAGAGAAUCCAAGGGUAAAACAGAUGUCAAUCUACUGAAUCCAGUAAGGGAAGUCAAGAAAGCUGGUGACGCUGAUGACAGGAAGAAAGGGAAUAAGGAGGAGAAGGGCGACGAGGGAGGACGGGAGAGUGAAGAUGAUAAAAAGAGUAUGAACCAGCACAGUGUAACAUUUGCCGAGGGAGUUGCUGGCAUGAAGAAAAGUGGAUCCCAAGAUGGUAGCAAUGGUGACACCCCCUCAUCGGAAAACAGUACUCCAGCAAAUCAACGCCUCAAUGAAUUCACAUUCUCCCCUUCGGCUCUACGCGCUGCUAUUACUGGCGAAGGGGAAUCUGAAAAUGCUGAAAGCGUUCACAAUCUUUCCGGUAAAAAGACUUCGUCACCACGCCGAUUGCAUAGUGCGAAACGGUUGAACGAACUGAUUGUAGAACGCUCGGCAGAUGCAGCUGCGGUGCUUAUUAAUCUACCUGCGCUACCAAAGAGCCCGGGCUCGGAGUUUUACUACAUGGAGUAUGUGGAGACACUUACCGAUGGUUUAAAACGCGUCAUAUUGAUUCGCGGUUCAGGUCGUGAGGUGAUCACGGCUUUUGCUGAGUAG